AUGAGUUUCCUGCGCAGAGGGGCUGGGUGCUCCCUUAGAGAUAGGGAUCUUCUUCCUCAGUCGACGUACAAACCUCCUCCGGUCGUCCCCACCGAGGCCCUCGGCACAGGCACAAACAAAUACGUGUACUAUGUGUGUAAAGAGCCGGGCUUCCCGUGGACCAGGCUCCCCGCGGUCACUCCGGCUCAGAUCACCGCCGCGCGCCUCAUCAAGAAGUUCUUCACCGGGAGACUGGACGCUCCCAUCGAGAGCUUCCCGCCUUUCCCCGGCAACGAGGCCAACUACCUGAGGGCCCAGAUCGCUCGCAUCUCCGGAGGGACACAGGUGAGUCCAAAGGGUUUUUACCACUUUAAAGAAGAGGAGGGGAACGAGGAGGACGAGGUGACCCAGGACACUUACGAGGCGGACCCAGAGUUCGAGGGGCUCCCGGCCGUCAAACUGUCCGAGUCUCUGUCCGCGUGGGUCCACCACACGCAGCACAUUCUGGAACAGGGUCGCUGUACGUGGGUGAACCUCACGUCAAAAGCAGAAGAACAGAACGAGGAAGGAGAGGAGGAGCGAGAGGAAGAGUCAGAGGAAGCAGAGCCUGAGCUGGGGCCUCCACUGCUCACACCUCUGUCCCAAGACAUAGAACUGUUCAACACUCCUCCCUGGACUCUGAAGAUGUCGUCCAGUUUGACUCCAGAACACGCCGUGGCUUUUGUCCGCUCCAACCUGUGGCCCGGAGCUUAUGCCUACGCCACCGGAAAAAAGUUUGAGAACGUUUACAUCGGCUGGGGGCUGAAGUACACGGGGGAGGGGUACAGCCCGCCCGUGCCUCCCCCGCCGCAGAGGGAGUACCCGAGCGGCCCCGAGAUCACAGAGGACGGGGACCCCAGCGUAGAGGAAGAACAGGACCUGAAGGACGCGCUGGAGGAGCAGGAGGCGGCCAAAGAAGAAGACGAGGAAGAGGAGGACGAGGACGAAGACGACUGA